AUCAAUUUUCUUUCGCAAAAGCCAAAAGCUGACGCAUCUUCGUCUUUAGUUCAGUUGCGUUUUUUUGUUUUCAGUUUGCUUUGAAUUAGUUCGAAUACGGUUGCUUUUAAUGAGUUGGUUAACUUUGUUUCUGAUUGCAUCUUGGCUGGAGAUAAUUAAAAAGUUAUAAGUGGACCUGUAACUUGUUGGACUUGUGUUGGUUGGUGUUGGACUGUUUUCAGCGGUUCAAGGACUUCAGUGAGCCCUGUGGAACUAUAGCGAUCAUAUUGCAGCUUGUGGAUGUGUACAACGGUACAACCAAUGUGUACAAGCAAUGGCUGCGAUGCUUCUUAGUUUACGGUGUGUGAAGAAAAGCUCAGCAGUCAACUGAGUCAGCAGGCCCAAACCUUCUUGACACGCUAUCUGCAAUUCAUCUACGGUGAUGAGGUGAUCGCAGAGAUUUGAAAUUUUAUCAUGUCGCGACGGUUAAAGAACGGCAAAGCUAGUGUGUGCUCCGACUCAAAUGUUGGCUCGCAAAGCACUAAGGAACGGGGUCCUGUCCAUGAUGCGUCUGUCAGCAGUGAUGGGGACCGGGAGAGAAGCAUCAAACAGCUUACCGCCGUGUGCGGGGAAUGUAUUUCCACCCUUAACGGGAGCGUGAGCGAUUAUGGAAGAACUUCGCUGGCGAAUCUAAAAUCUUAUUAUUCACACCAAAAAAGAUUAUAUCAUCGGCGAAUUAUUGCUUUUAUAUUUUUAUGUCUGGUUCUAUCUUUCGGAUGUUUCUGGAUGCUUCUCUAUACUCAGUUUGGUGGUGCGAUAUUCAGGAUAUUUUUAAUUAAGAUGCAACCUUUGUGGGAUUGGUCUAACCUGCAUGAUCCACCUUGUGUAUUGGAAAAUUACUCGAUGGAUAAUGAACCCGUAUCGAAUGCCCAUUGCGUGAUCUGUGAAGAUUUGAACAAACUGCCUGAAAGAGAAAAGGGAAGAAUCUCAGCCUUCCAAAUUGGAGAAGAUUUCUUGGUCGAAGAUCUUCCACUUGUAAUUCGAAAUGGAGCCGAUUUAAAGAGUGGACCACUUGACCUGACCGUUAAAGCAGUUUUGGACCAUCAUCGUCAGGACAAAACACUUGUGCCAUGCAAAUUGCGGAGCAAUUUGAAAACCAAAACCGCCUUUAACUUCGACGCCGUAUUGCGUAAAGUGUUGAGGACGGACAUGGACCUUCCGUGGUUUGCCUUUUGGGAACUUUGCAGACAUCAUAAUGUCCGAGAAGCCCGUGCUGUGGUACCGCGUCCUGUAGAAUUACCGCUUAUGCUCGAAGUGGAUGAUUCUAUAUGGUUUUUUGCUGCGCGCAAUUUUACAGCGUUGACUGCUAAGCAUGUUGAAAUCUCCACACCGGUAUUUUUCUUGAGCCAGUUUGUUGGCUCAUCAAAAAUUCGUUUAAUACCACGGUCGCCUUGUGAAAACAUAUGCCACGAACUGGAGACUAUCUUACAGCCAGGAGAUUUCUUGCUUUUUACCAACGAGUUGUUUGAUUUCGGAUGGAUGCCAGGGAAUGAAACGGAAGUGCUGGCAGUUGGAGCGGGUGCUAAAUAAUUCUUAAUUAACGCAAAUCUCAGACAUUUUGUUACGCUUGGUUUUUAGUUUGUGAUGGAUCAUUCCUGUAAAUAUUGUGAGCUAAUAUAAUAUGUCCGAAAACAUGUGUUCUGACAAGUUUAAAGCUUUUAUCGGUUGACCUCUGGAAAAUUUUUUAUCUCGAUAAGAGCCACAAUAAACUUCAACCAUAGCACGAAUG